AUGUCCGGACAUCCGCAAGGAGGCCAGUACGACGAUGGCUACGGCCAUCAGGGCCAGGACUCGUACUAUCACGAUGAUCAGUACGGCCAAUACCACGACGACCAGCGUGGGGCCUACCACGACAACCAGCAGGGCGAUGCUUACUACGACGAAUCAGCCUAUUAUGAUGGCCAGCAGGGCCACUAUCAACAGAACGGCUAUUAUGACGAUCGCGGCCAGCAGGGUUACCAGGACGAGUAUUACAACGAUCAAUAUUAUGACCAGGGAGGAGCCCAAGGCGGAUAUGCUCAGGAUGGCUAUGGCGCGAGGCCUAGACGCCGCGGCCACGACUCUGAGGAGGACUCCGAGACCUUCAGCGACUUCACGAUGCGCUCUGACAUGGCUCGUGCCACCGAUAUGGACUACUACGGUCGUGGAGACGAGAGGUAUAACAGCUAUGGUGAAGGGAUGAACCGCGGAUACCGUCCUCCGUCGUCACAAAUCUCGUACGGCGGUAACCGUUCGUCUGGCGCCUCGACCCCCAUCUACGGCAUGGACUACACCAACGCUCUUCCCGCUGGACAGCGCUCGCGGGAGCCCUAUCCCGCGUGGACCUCUGAUGCCCAAAUCCCCUGCACAAAGGAGGAGAUUGAAGACAUCUUCCUGGAGCUGACCGCCAAAUUCGGCUUUCAGCGGGACAGCAUGAGGAACAUGUACGACCACUUCAUGACUCUACUCGAUUCGCGAGCCUCUCGCAUGUCGCCAAACCAGGCUCUUCUAUCUCUACAUGCCGACUACAUCGGUGGCGAGAAUGCCAACUACCGCAGGUGGUACUUCGCCGCUCAUCUCGAUUUGGAUGAUGCCGUUGGGUUCGCCAAUAUGAAACUCGGCAAGGCCAACCGGAGGACGCGCAAGGCCCGGAAAGCCGCCAAGAAGAAGGCAUCCCAGAACCCCGACAACGAACAGGAGACGCUGGAGGCUUACGAGGGCGACAAUAGCCUUGAAGCGGCCGAAUACCGAUGGAAAACGCGCAUGAACCGCAUGUCGCAGCAGGACCGUGUCCGCCAGAUCGCCUUGUACUUGCUGUGCUGGGGUGAGGCCAACCAGGUUCGCUUUAUGCCUGAAUGUCUCUGCUUUAUUUUCAAGUGUGCAGACGACUUCCUCAACUCGCCAGCGGGUCAGGUCCAGACUGAUCCCGUGGAGGAGUUUACCUAUCUCAACCAAGUCAUCACUCCGCUUUACCAGUUCUGCCGAGACCAGGGCUACGAAAUCCAGGACGGCAAGUACGUCCGCCGCGAGCGUGAUCACGCUUCAAUUAUCGGCUAUGACGAUAUCAACCAGCUUUUCUGGUAUCCCGAGGGUCUCGAGCGGAUUGUGAUGGAAGACAAAUCGCGCAUGGUCGAUCUACCACCCGCUGAGCGAUAUGCAAAGCUCAAGGAUGUCCUGUGGAAAAAGGUGUUCUUCAAGACCUACUACGAGCGACGAUCGUGGUUCCACAUGCUUGUCAACUUCAACCGCAUCUGGAUCAUUCACGUAACGGUUUUCUGGUUUUACACAGCGUACAAUUCGAAGCCCAUCUACACUAAAGGGUAUCAGCAACAGCUAGAUAACCAGCCUGAGAGGGCUGCCACACUGUCCGCUGUCGCUCUAGGUGGCACCAUUGCUUCGCUUAUCCAGAUUUUCGCAACGCUGGCCGAAUGGGCAUACGUACCUCGGAAAUGGGCUGGCGCUCAGCAUUUGACCAAGCGCCUACUCUUCCUCCUUGCCGUCUUCGCAGUCAACGUCGCUCCCAGUGUCUACAUCUUUGUCAUGGACAAGCGGACGGGUCAGAUCCCGCUCAUCCUGGGUGUGGUCCAGUUCAUCAUCGCCCUUUUUACCUUCAUGUUCUUCUCGGUCAUGCCUUUGGGUGGUCUAUUCGGAAGCUAUUUGACGCGCAACUCGCGUCAGUACGUCGCCAGCCAGACCUUCACCGCUAGCUAUCCUCGUCUCAAGGGAAACGACAUGUGGAUGUCCUACGGCUUGUGGGUCAUGGUCUUCGCCGCCAAGAUGUCCGAAUCCUACUUCUUCCUGACCUUGUCGAUAAAGGAUCCCAUCCGCAUCCUUUCCCAUAUGAAGAAGCCAGACUGCCUUGGAGACGCCAUCUUGGGCAAUAUUCUGUGCCAGUACCAGCCUCGGAUCCUACUUGGUCUGAUGUACUUCACCGAUUUGGUUCUCUUCUUCUUGGACACGUACCUGUGGUACAUUAUCCUGAACAUGGUAUUCUCGGUAUCUCGGUCUUUCUAUCUCGGUAUCUCCAUCUGGACCCCGUGGCGCAACAUUUUCUCUCGCCUGCCGAAGCGUAUCUACUCCAAGGUCCUGGCUACUACGGAUAUGGAAAUCAAGUACAAGCCCAAGGUGCUCAUCUCCCAGAUCUGGAAUGCCAUCGUCAUCUCGAUGUACCGCGAGCACCUCCUCGCUAUCGACCACGUGCAGAAGCUGCUAUACCACCAGGUGCCAUCUGAGCAGGAGGGCAAGCGCACACUGCGCGCUCCGACUUUCUUCGUCUCUCAAGAGGAUCAUUCUUUCAAGACCGAGUUCUUCCCGGCCCAGAGCGAAGCCGAGCGCCGUAUCUCGUUCUUCGCUCAGUCUCUUUCCACUCCGAUCCCCGAGCCUCUGCCCGUCGACAACAUGCCUACCUUCACCGUUUUGAUCCCUCACUACAGCGAGAAGAUCUUGCUUUCGCUUCGUGAGAUCAUUCGCGAGGACGAGCCUUACUCCCGCGUCACCCUACUGGAGUACCUCAAGCAGCUCCAUCCGCACGAAUGGGAUUGCUUCGUUAAGGACACCAAGAUCCUCGCGGACGAGACGUCGCAGUACAAUGGUGACUAUGAAAAGUCGGAGAAAGACACUGCCAAGAGCAAGAUCGAUGAUCUGCCGUUCUACUGCAUUGGUUUCAAGUCCGCCGCUCCUGAGUACACGCUCCGCACUCGUAUCUGGGCUUCGCUCCGAUCUCAGACUCUGUAUCGCACCAUUUCCGGGUUCAUGAACUACAGCCGUGCCAUUAAGCUGCUGUACCGUGUGGAAAACCCUGAAGUCGUUCAGAUGUUUGGCGGCAACUCUGACAAGCUUGAGCGUGAGUUGGAGCGCAUGGCUAGGCGAAAGUACAAAAUUUGUGUCUCCAUGCAACGUUACGCCAAAUUCUCGAAGGAAGAGCGUGAGAACACCGAGUUCUUGCUCCGAGCUUAUCCCGAUCUACAGAUUGCGUACCUGGAUGAAGAGCCGCCGCUAAAUGAAGGCGAGGAGCCUCGCAUCUACUCCGCUUUGAUUGAUGGUCACUCCGAGCUCAUGGACAACGGCAUGCGUCGACCCAAAUUCCGCAUCCAGCUCUCCGGGAACCCUAUCCUCGGUGACGGCAAAUCGGACAACCAGAACCACUGCAUCAUCUUCUACCGUGGCGAGUACAUUCAGCUUAUCGACGCUAACCAGGACAACUACCUGGAAGAAUGUCUCAAGAUCCGCAGUGUUUUGGCUGAGUUUGAGGAGAUGACUACUGACAACGUUUCUCCCUACACGCCCGGCAUUCCGAGCCCGAACUUUAACCCUGUGGCGAUUCUCGGAGCUCGUGAAUACAUCUUCUCUGAGAACAUCGGUAUCCUAGGUGACGUCGCAGCCGGAAAGGAACAGACGUUCGGUACCAUGUUCGCUCGUACUCUGGCUCAAAUCGGUGGCAAGCUCCACUAUGGCCAUCCUGACUUCCUGAACGGUAUCUUCAUGACUACUCGUGGAGGUGUGUCCAAGGCGCAAAAGGGUCUCCAUCUCAACGAGGAUAUCUACGCUGGUAUGAACGCCCUCCUCCGUGGCGGCAGGAUAAAGCACUGCGAGUACUAUCAAUGCGGCAAAGGUCGUGAUCUUGGUUUCGGUUCCAUUCUCAACUUCACCACCAAGAUCGGUACCGGAAUGGGCGAGCAGAUGCUGUCCCGCGAAUACUACUACCUCGGUACCCAACUGCCUUUGGAUCGGUUCCUGUCUUUCUACUACGCCCACCCUGGUUUCCACAUCAACAACUUGUUCAUCAUGUUGUCCGUCCAGUGCUUCAUGUUCGUCCUCCUGAACCUCGGAGCUUUAAGACACGAGACUAUUCUCUGCCGGUACAACAAGGACACCCCGAUCACUGAUCCGCAGUGGCCCAAUGGUUGUGCGAACCUCGUUCCUGUCUUCGACUGGGUAUCACGCUGCAUCGUCUCCAUCUUCAUCGUCUUCUUCAUCGCCUUCGUACCCUUGGUGGUUCAGGAGCUGACGGAGCGUGGAUUCUGGCGCGCAGCAACGCGUCUGGCAAAGCACUUCUCAUCCGGUUCUCCGCUCUUCGAGGUCUUCGUCUGCCAGAUCUAUGCCAACGCCCUUCACACUGACCUGGCCUUCGGCGGAGCUAGGUAUAUCGGUACUGGACGUGGCUUUGCUACUGCGCGCAUUCCUUUUGGCAUUCUCUACUCACGUUUCGCUGGACCUUCGAUCUACAUCGGUGCUCGUUCUCUAAUGAUGCUCCUCUUCGCGACCAUGACUGUCUGGGGUCCGUGGCUGAUCUAUUUCUGGGCGUCUCUGCUCGCUCUCUGCGUCUGUCCAUUCCUCUUCAACCCGCACCAAUUCUCAUGGGAUGACUUCUUCAUUGACUACAGAGAGUACCUUCGCUGGCUCUCUCGCGGAAACACUCGCUCCCACAGCGCGUCUUGGAUUGGUUACUGCCGUUUGUCACGAACACGCAUCACUGGUUACAAGCGCAAGGCUCUGGGCGACCCGUCGUCCAAGCUCUCCGGCGAUGUACCACGAGCCCGAUUUGGCAAUAUCUUCUUCAGCGAAAUUGUUGGACCACUCGUCUUGGUUGCCAUCACGCUCAUCCCAUACCUUUUCAUCAAUGCUCAGACUGGUGUUAGCAAAGCCGAGCAAGACGGAAACGUAACCCCCAAGAAGACUGGCUCCCUCGUCCGCGUCGCUCUUAUUGCCUUUGGCCCUAUUGCCGUCAACGCCGGUGUCCUCGCAGGCCUCUUCGCCAUGGCCUGCUGCGCUGGUCCCCUUCUCAGCAUGUGCUGCAAGAAGUUCGGAGCGGUGCUGGCUGCGGUUGCCCACGCCAUCGCUGUCGUCAUGCUGAUGGCUUUCUUCGUAGUUAUGAUGUUCCUGGAGGGUUUCAGCUUUGUCAAGGCCCUUUCAGGUAUGAUUGCUGUGGUCGCCAUCCAGCGAUUUGUCUACAAGCUCAUCACCUCUCUUGCUCUUACUCGUGAGUUCAAGGCCGACACCGCCAACAUCGCCUGGUGGACCGGAAAGUGGUACACUAUGGGCUGGCAUACCAUCUCUCAGCCCGGGCGUGAGUUCCUCUGCAAGAUCACUGAGCUUGGGAUGUUCGCUGCCGACUUCCUUCUGGGACACUUCAUCCUCUUCCUGAUGCUUCCGGUCCUGCUGGUCCCUUACGUCGACAAAUUCCACUCUGUCAUGCUAUUCUGGCUCCGCCCAAGUCGCCAAAUUCGUCCUCCAAUCUACUCAUUGAAGCAGACCAAGCUGCGAAAGCGACGAGUCAUCCGCUACGCCAUCCUCUACUUCAUCAUCUUCGUGGUCUUUGUUGCCUUGAUCGCUGGACCGGUGGUUGCUGGGAGAUUCAUGAAGAUCAACUUCACUAUCCCCAUGGAUCUUCUCCAGCCGACUGGACUUAACAACAAUGAUACCACCACCGAGGUCACUGGUACGUGUCUUCAGGGCGCAUGUCCAGGCCCUGGUGGCGGCGAUGCAGCGUCGACUGGGACCAUAGAGCGAUUCGCUCGUAUUAUGGCGUUUUAA